AUGGGCACGAACAUGCGUAAAAAGACCCAGGUAUCAUUUGUGAUCCGUGACGAAGAAGAACGACGUCAUAAAAACGGUGUUAGCUCGUUACAAUUGGAUCCUAUACAAGGCAGACUUUAUUCAGCAGGCCGAGAUGGAAUUAUUCGUGUCUGGCACACAGGAGGCGGUACUCAGGAUAGAUACAUCCAGAGCAUGGAACACCACACCGAUUGGGUGAAUGAUAUAGUAUUAUGUUGUGGCGGAAAAAAUCUUAUAAGCGCGUCAUCUGACACUACUGUAAAAGUAUGGAACGCACCGAAAGGUUUUUGUAUGUCCACUUUAAGAACCCAUAAAGAUUAUGUUCGGACUCUUGCGUACGCUAAAGAUAAAGAGCAAGUCGCUAGUGCAGGACUAGAUCGCGCCAUAUUCUUGUGGGAUGUAAAUACUUUAACAGCUUUAACUGCGAGCAAUAAUACUGUUACUACGUCGAGUUUGGUAGGAAAUAAAGAGUCUAUAUACAGCUUGGCUAUGAAUCCUCCUGGAACAAUCUUAGUCAGCGGCUCAACUGAAAAAGUUCUUCGAGUUUGGGAUCCCAGAAAUUGCUCGCGUCUUAUGAAGCUAAAAGGCCAUGCUGAUAACGUAAAAGCGCUAGUCGUGAGCAGAGACGGCUCACAAUGUGUGUCCGGAAGUUCUGACGGUACUAUUAAAUUAUGGUCUCUAUCACAACAGAGAUGUGUUUCUACUAUACGUGUUCAUUCCGAGGCUGUGUGGGCUUUACUGGCGACUGAAAACUUCACUCAUAUAAUAUCAGGUGGUAGAGAUCGUCUAGUCAUCAUAACAGAACUGAGGAACCCAGAAAACUACAUGAUAGUAUGUGAAGAAACUGCUCCAAUAUUAAAAUUGUGUUUUACGGCCGACCAACAGGGUAUAUGGGUGGCGACAUCGGAUUCAGACAUAAGAUGUUGGAAACUGCCUCCACUGAACUCAUUAAACUCAGAUAUGUAUAAUCAGAACAAUUAUAAUACUAACAAUGUAUACCAAACGCAACCAUUACACAACAUAGUCGGCGGCAGAGCAAUAAAACACUACACUGUUUUAAACGACAAACGGCACAUUCUAACUAAAGACACAACCAACAAUGUUGUAUUAUAUGACGUGCUGAAAGCGUGCAAAGUCGAAGAUUUGGGUGAAGUUGAUUAUGAAGAGGAAUUGAAGAAACGUUUCAAAAUGGUUUACGUUCCGAAUUGGUUCAACGUUGAUUUAAAGACUGGAAUGUUAACAAUACAUCUGGGUCAAGAUGAGACCGACUGUUUCAGCGCAUGGGUUAGUGCUAAAGAGGCCGGUUUGAUAACGGAGAAUGAUCAGAAAGUUAACUUCGGGGCUUUAUUAUUACAAGCUUUGUUGGAUCAUUGGAAUCAUCCCAAUAGGGUUAACGAAGCGGGACUGAAAGUCGUUGGUAACAUAUACUUCAGUGUUCCGUUACACACUCCAUUAAUAUUCAGUGAAGUUGGUGGAAGAACGCUCUACAGAUUACAGGUUGGCGACGCUGGUGGUGAGACCGAGGGUAACCUUUUAAUGGAAACCGUUCCUUCGUGGGUUGUGGAUGUAGCCAUAGAAAUGGCUGCACCGAAACUGAACAAACUGCCAUUCUAUCUACUGCCACAUUCAAGUUGUCAGAGUAAACAGGAUCGGCAGAAAAAGGAUCGUCUGGUGGCAAAUGAUUUCAUCCAAGUCCGUAAAGUGGGUGAACAUGUUGUAGAGAAGAUUGUUGGUGGAGGCGAUGUAAACGGAACUUCAAAGAACGAGGACUGUAAUAAUGAUUCACCCGAGGAGAGAGUGGAACUAUUGUGUUGUGAUCAGGUCCUAGAUCCGAAUAUGGAUUUACGUACGGUCCGCCACUUCAUAUGGAAAUCGAAUGUUGAGUUUACAUUGCACUAUAGAAUAUUGAAACAAUGA